GCUCGCGCGGUCGUUGUUUGUACUUGGAACGGCCGGUUUGGGGGAUUGCCACUCGGCAACAUCUAGGACGGCCUGCCUGCUUAUACCAUGAUCCGUUUCCUGCUGCUUCAAAACCGCCAGGGUAAAACCCGCCUAUCGAAGUGGUGGAUUCCCCUGCACGAUGAGAAGGAGAAGGUCCGGAUCGAGAACGAGGUGCACAGAUUGGUCGUGACCCGCGAUAGAAAGUACACAAACUUUGUGGAGUAUGGGACCUACAAGCUCAUCUACCGGCGAUAUGCGGGCCUGUUCUUCACGUUCGGCAUGGACGUGAACGACAACGAGCUCCUGGCGCUCGAGACGGUCCACCUGUUUGUUGAGCUGCUCGAGUCGUACUUCUCCAACGUAUGCGAGCUCGACAUCGUCUUUAACUUUAACAAGGUCUACAACAUUCUGGACGAGUUUAUACUGAGCGGGGAGGUGGAGGAGAGCAGCAAGCGAGAGAUCCUGGACCGAAUUAGAGAGGUCGAAAAGCUGGACUAGCAGCAGCCGAAGAUCGAUCCCCGGGGCCAGCUCUGCGCGGCAGUGCCGUUCCCUUGCGGCGUACAUUGAGCGCACCAUACACGCCAAGACGUCAAUAUCGUUUUUAAUGUAAACAGUCAGUGCGCAUGUACGCAGGUUGUAGAGAUGUUUUGUUUGGACGUCCAGAGAAAGCAAGAACAGGGCAAAUCUAUUUUUUCCCGUAAGGCAGGAUCCCCUGUGCCGGACAUGUUUUUUUUUUAUACUUCGUUAUUUCCUGAGUAACAAUACUGGUAGCGGUGUGUGUGCGUGUGUGGAGGUGAAGGUGUCACUUUUGAGUGAGAAUCGGCCGCCCAAACCGGCUGGCCAAUGGCAAUGCAUCCCUUUUUUUCUGGAACAGCACUCAAAGCACGCGCGUGCGUGUAACCGUACUGGAUACGUUGACAUGGUUGGUCUUGGGGCAAGAAAGCAAAGUAGGCCGCACGGGCGCGACGAAGAAAGAAGCCAAUCUCUGCAAAGGCUUUGCUUCUAGCCUUUCUCUCGCGAUUAGAGACAAGAUGCCAGCAGUUUUCGGAUUGGUCGACUUUUUUGAAAAGGAAUAUCCUGAUUGGUUGAAAGUCACUGGUCGACCGGUGACGUCAUCCACCGUCGUGA